AGGAACACUUCCCUGCGAUACGCAGAUAAAUAAUAUUAAUUAAGUUCAGAAGCAACAGCAACCUAACUAUUGUGGAAAAUAAAUCACUUGAUUUGAAGUUAUUUAAAACUACUAAAAAUGGCGAAGAAGCUCAAAAUUAGUACAAUUAAAAGAAAUAAUCAGAGAAAAACUAAACUUAUGAAGCAAGGAAAACUUAAAACAAGAAGACAUAAGCCAGCAAAGAAACAAAUUCAGAAAGUAGUAUCCUCACACCAUGAAUCAGUAGAGGAAGAAGAAAGUGACCAUGGCGAAGAUCUUUUGACCAUGGUUGAAGAAGAUGACUUAGAUUUCUUAGAAAAAGCUAUUUCUAAUAAGUCCUACAAUUUAUUGAAGCAUAUACAUCUAAAUGAAAUAGAUGGUAAUAAUAGAAGGGAUAAGGAUAAGAAUAGAAAAAAUGAAGAAAGAUUAGAAGAGUUGUAUGAAACUAAUGUUUCAAAAAUAAUGGAGGAGGAGGGCAAAAAGAAAGUUCGAAUGUUACUUCCUACAAAGACUCAAAAUGGGAUUAUAGAGAAGAGGGUAAUCGAAGAAGUUAGUGAUGAAGAGAAUGAAACUAAGUUUGAUGAAGAACAGGACAUACAAGAUAACAAUAUGGAGGUGGAAAAAAAUGAUGAAGACAAAGAUGACAAUAAGAAACCCAUCUCUAUGAUAGAACUCUUGGCAUGUCGAAAAGAAGCAUUAACAUCAAAACGUUUGAAGAUUGGUUUACUUGCUAGUAGUCUUUUAGAAGCACCAGAAAACAAGUCUGAAAACUUUAAAAUAUUAUUAGACUUCAUGGAAGAAACUAAUCCAGAAGUAUGCAUUACUGUUAGAAAAUUAGCAACAGUGUCUUUGCUAGAGGUCUUUAAAGACCUGUUGCCAUCUUAUCAUAUUUUGCAAAUUCAACAAGAAGGUGUAAAAUUGAAAAAGGAUACAUUAGCACUGCAAAAUUAUGAAGCUACUUUAUUAAGGAAUUAUAAACGCUAUUUACAAAAAUUAGAAAGGAUGUCUGGUAUUCUAAGAAAAAAAAAAGGAGACACACGACAAUUGAAAGGACAGGAAAUUGAAUUAGGAAAAAUUGGAGUAACAUGCAUGUGUGAUCUCUUAACCACUCAUCCUUAUUUCAACUAUUCUGUUAACAUAGCAAAUUUUCUGUUACCACUGCUCGAUAAUAAACAUGCAUUUGUAAGAGAACAAGUGGCUAAAUGUAUCUCCCAAAUAUUUAAAGAGGACAAACGUGCUGAAUUGUCUCUUACAAUAGUACGUAGAUUAAAUCAAUACAUAAAACUUAAGGCUCAUUCUGUUCAUUCAGAAGUGUUGUCUGUACUUUUAUCCCUUCGUAUAAAGGAUGUGAACUUGGAUAAAGAAAAAGAAGAGGAGACUAAACAGAAGAAACUUAUGUCUCACAAACAAAGAAUUCUCGCUUUAAGUAAACGAGAAAGAAAGAAAAGUAAGAAGCUUGAAGAAGUGGAAAAAGAAUUACUUGAAACCAAAGCAGAAGAGAAUAAACAAUCCAAGCAAAAGUUGCUUACUGAAAUUACUGGCAUAGUGUUUACAAUUUAUUUCAGAAUUUUGAAGCAAGCUCCAAAUAGUAAAAUUCUAUCUAUCUGCUUGGAAGGCCUGGCAAAGUUUGCACAUUGUAUAAAUUUGGACUUUUAUCAAGAUCUAGUGACUGUCAUAAAUAAAUUGAUGGAAGAAGAAAAUUUAAGUAUACGAGAUCAGUUACAUUGUAUUCACUGUGUAUUUACGAUAUUAUCAGGUCCAGGCUCGGCAUUAAAUCUUGAUCCUUACAGGUUUUAUGUACAUUUGUAUAAAAAUUUGAUAAACAUCCACUGUGGUAAGACUCACCCAGAGUCGGACACCCUUAUAAAGAUUCUAGUACAAGUGUUAGUUCAAAAGAGAAAGAGAAUCACACAAAAUCGCUUAAUAGCGUUUAUCAAACGAAUGGCUAUUAUAUCUUUACAAUCGCAACACAAUACAGCUCUCAGCAUUCUUGGUAUAGUAAAACAAAGCAUGCAGCUUGGAAAAGCAGCGAAUGUUCUGCUUGAUACAGACUGCAAUACCGGAGGCGGCUUUUAUCAGCCAGAACUAGAAGAACCUGAAUAUUGCAACGCGCAUUGCACCGCAUUAUGGGAGCUUGCAGCUUUGCAACGACAUUAUCACGGUACUGUGCAAAAAAUAGCGAAAAAUAUAGCUUGGGGCGUGCCAUCGUCUGGAGAAGGCAGUUUAACUUCAGAUGUUGCAAAAUUAACCCCAGAGGAACUGUACAGCGAAUACGAUCCUACCGGUGUUGUGUUCAAUCCAGCGGUACCAGUUCCGAAAAAGAAAACUGUUAAGAAGACAAUAACAACUCAUCACUUUGUUAACAGCAAAUUCAAGGAUUAUGUUAACACUAUAAACAACACUGAAUUAUUCGCAGACGGAUACAUAGAUUUUUAUAAAGCAUAUACCAGUUAACAUACCUGUAACAGAAAUUACACGAAUGAAGUGAGCAAUGUAUUAUUUGCAACUGUA